UCAGGAAAGCCAGUGCUCCUUGGAGAACCGCAGGGAAUUACCUUCCUCUCCUGUCAGGCACCAGGCCAUUCCCGGAAAUGGGGAGAGUCUGUACCUAGUUGCGUUACCUUUGGCUCGGCUGCCAAGGAGGGCUGGUCCCUCCCUCCCUUCCUCCCGUCCCUUGGCACUGCAUGAAGGGAGGAGGAGCUGCUGAAAGAAGGAGACCUUCUCCAGGAACAGGCAGCUCCGCAGAGCACUUUGCACCGCUUAAGGCAAUAGCUCUGGCAUGUGCAAACUGCAGAGGGGCCCCAACUGGGCCACCUUCCCCAAACUGGCAUGAGGCUUGGAGCCACAACCGGGUCUUCUUCCCAGGUUGAAAUGUUGAAAUUCUCUGCCAUGCCAAUGGUACUGCUGUACUACUUAACUCUCUGGGGCCAGACAGCUGACGUUCAAGGCACAGAAGAGCCUGACCUAUACCAUGGCUGUUUGGAAGGAAGCUGUUACCCAGCCACAGGAAACCUACUCAUUGGGAGGGCCCAAAACCUGAGCACUACAUCAACAUGUGGCCUGGAAGAGCCUCAGGAGUAUUGCAUUGUCAGCCAUCUUCAGGACUCUGAGAAAUGCUUCAUUUGUGAUUCACGCUCAGCCUCUUUCCGUGAGAGCCACCACAUUGAGAAUGUCAUCUACCUUACUGGGCAGAAUGGGGAACAGACCUGGUGGCAGUCUGAGAAUGGUGUAGAGCAGGUCAGCAUUCGAUUGGACCUGGAAGCUGAAUUCCACUUUACUCACCUCAUAAUGAAAUUUAAGACUUUCCGUCCAGCAGCAAUGCUUAUUGAGCGUUCAUCAGAUUUUGGGCAAAGCUGGAAAGUUUAUCGCUACUUUGCCUUCAAUUGCUCCAAGCUCUUCCCAGCUGUUCCUACUCAGAUCCCAACACAUGUCAAUCAAGCAAUGUGCGACGAGCGAUACUCUGAGAUUGAGCCCUCCAGCUAUGGUGAAGUCAUUUUCAAGGUACUAGAUCCAGCUGUGAAAGUAGAAGACCCCUACAGCCAGGAAAUACAAGAUUUGUUACGUGUCACCAACUUGCGGGUGAACUUCACAAAGCUGCAUACCCUGGGAGACAACCUGUUAGACUCACGACACCAAGUACUGCAUAAAUAUUACUACGCGGUAUAUGAGAUGGUGCUUCGAGGGAGCUGCUUCUGUUACGGACAUGCCUCCGAGUGUGCCCCGUUCACAGGAUCAGCUAACCCGGUUGAAGGCAUGAUCCAUGGUCGAUGUGUGUGUAAGCACCACACAAAAGGUCUCAACUGUGAGUUCUGCAAGGAUUUCUAUCAGGACUUGCCCUGGAGUCCAGCUGAGGUCCACGAUCCACAUGCUUGCAAAGAGUGCAACUGCAACGAACACUCCCACCGGUGCCACUUCGACAUAGCCGUCUACCUGGCUACAGGUAACUCCAGCGGUGGGGUCUGUGAUGAGUGCCAGGACAACACCAUGGGCCGUCACUGCCAGAGCUGCAAGCCGUUCUUCUACCGCAACCCACUGGCUGACAUCAGGGCCAAAACGGCAUGCAUUUCCUGUGACUGUGACCCAGCAGGCUCUUCGGAUGGAGGUGUGUGUGACAGUCACACAGACACAACGCUGGGCAUGAUUGCGGGACAGUGUCGCUGCAAAGAGAACGUGAAAGGUGUGCGUUGUGACAGCUGCAAAGAAGGCUUUUAUGGCCUCAACGAUCCUCUUGGCUGCCAACCCUGCAGGUGUGACCCUCGUGGGAUCAUCACAGAUAGCAGCCCCUGUGACCAGAUCAGAGGUGACUGCUAUUGCAAGCGUUUUGUCACUGGGCAAUACUGCGACCAGUGUUUGCCUGAAUACUGGGGUUUGAGCUACGACGUGGCAGGCUGCCGAAGCUGUGCUUGCGAUUUCGGAGGUGCCUACGACAAUAGAUGCUCCAUGGACGAUGGCCAGUGUCCCUGUCGGCCCCACCUUAUAGGUCGUCAGUGCAAUGAUGUGCAGCCAGGGUUUUUCUGUAUGCCCUUGGACUACUACAUGUAUGAAGCUGAACAUGCCACCGGUCUUCCUCCAACCGAUCCAGAUCUCCCAGGUGCCUUGAGGCCGGAAUCGCCUGUGGAUUGUGUGGAAUAUUACAACGGAGUCCAGAAUGGGCGCAGAGUGAGGCUGAGGCGCCAGCACAGCACAAUAAGACUCUUGCAGCAGCAGCGAGGGGGGCUCUCGCGAGCUCGACAGCUUCAACAAAAGCCCGAUGUGGAAGUUGUGCAGCGGGAGCACACAGGCCAUAUGAUCACAUGGACAGGCCCAGGCUUCGCCCGUGUGCGCGAUGGGGCGGGACUGUCCUUCCACAUUGACAACAUUCCUUACCCAAUGGAAUAUGGCAUCUUGUUCCGCUAUGAACCUGAGUCCACAGAAGACUGGGAAGUUGUUGUCAGUGUCAGCUCACAGGACCUGCCAGUGAGUCCACGUUGUGGCAACUUGCUGCCCUUUGAACAGGUGUAUCAAGGGAGUUUGCCCCAUACCUCCAGAUAUUUGCUUCUGCCAAGGCCCUUCUGCUUUGAGCCCAGGAACCAUUACAAGAUCAUCGUGCGAUUCCAGCGAGCAGGCGUGGCACAACGCCAUCCUGCAGCUUUCAUCCUGGUAGACUCGCUGGUUCUUUUACCUCAUGUGACAGAACUACCUGGUCUCCAUGGUGACGAUCCAGCUUCUGUAGAGCGCCGGGAGGCCCUGGAACACUACACAUGCCUGGAAUUAUUUCGCAUGGCCACCAUGCCUGACCUGCCUGAGACCUGUGCCCACCUGCUCUGCAGCAUUUCUGCCGUGAUCCAUGAUGGGGCUCUGCCCUGCCAUUGUGACCUCCAGGGUUCCACCAGCAGCGUCUGCCAUAAACUGGGAGGACAGUGCCAGUGUAAGCCCAAUGUUAUGGGUCGGCAAUGUGACCGGUGUACCCCAGGCACUUAUGGAUUUGGACCUUACGGCUGCAGUUCCUGUGCUUGUUCCCCUGAGGGCUCGGUGUCCAAAAUCUGCGACCCAGUCAGUGGGCAAUGCCAAUGCCAGCAGGGUAUUGUGGGACGCCAGUGUGAUCAGUGUCCACUAGACCAGUGGGGCUUCCCUCACUGCCGUCCUUGUCACUGUAACGGGCAUGCAGAGAAAUGUGAUUCACACACCGGAGCCUGUCAACAAUGCCGAGAUUAUACAGCAGGCCGCCAUUGUGAAAGGUGCCUGGAUGGAUACUAUGGAGACCCAGUCCUGGGAUCAGGGCAACAGUGUCGGCCAUGUCCUUGUCCUGGAUAUCCAGGUUCUCGGCACUAUCACGGCAUUUCGUGUCAGGCCGAAAGAGACACAAACCAGAUUGUUUGCUUGUGUGCUCCUGGCUACACAGGGCCACGAUGUGAUCGUUGUUCCCCUGGCUAUUUUGGAAGCCCUGGCCAGGAAGGUGGUGUCUGCCGCCCUUGUCAGUGUAACAAUAACAUUGACCCGAGUGACCCCGAGGCCUGUGACCCACAUACUGGUCAGUGUCUCCAUUGCCUUUACAACACUGGUGGACCCCACUGUGCCGAAUGUCAGCCUGGCUACUAUGGCAAUGCCUUCCAACGGAGCUGCCGACGCUGCACUUGUAAUGAACAGGGCACUUUGCCCACCCACUGCUCCGAAGGCAUCUGCCAUUGCGAUCAAACUACAGGUCAUUGCCCCUGCCGUGCUAACGUGGUGGAAAAGAACUGCGACAGAUGUGCCCAGAACUUCUGGGGUUUUGGCAGCGACUUGGGCUGCCAACCAUGUAACUGUGAUCCGACCCAUUCGCUACGCGCAGACUGCAACAUGUUUACAGGACAAUGCCACUGCCAGCCAGGUUUUGGAGGUCGUGUUUGUUCUCAUUGCCAAGAAAACCACUGGGGCGACCCAGAAGAGCAGUGCUUAGCUUGUCAAUGUGACCCGAUCGGCUCUGAGAGCCCGCAGUGUGACCGUCUCACUGGACAUUGUUUAUGCCGCAGCGGCUUUACGGGGAGAAACUGUAACCAGUGCCAACGUGGUUUCCAGAAGAAUUUUCCCCACUGUUCUCCCUGCCAUAAGUGCUUUGGCCAGUGGGAUCUCGUGCUGAACCAGCUCAAUGAACAGCUGCAAAGGCUGCAGGACAGAGUGCGGGCCCUGAAGGAAGGUGGCCCCAUACCUGAAGCCAGCAACAGCCGUCUGCGCAGCCUGGAGAGCAGCUUGGCUUGGGUGGAGCAGCUUCUGAUGGAUGGAAAGAGUCUGAGUGGUUCUGUGCUGCAGCAGCUCAACAACCUGCUAGCAGAUACAAGGGCAGACAUGGAUAACCUGUGGGACCACCUGCAAGAUACAGAUUCGUGCCUGGAUAGCACUGAAUGGAAAGUCACCGAGCAGAGGGGCCACCUCAAUGCAUUGAAUGAAGAAGUAGACGAACUGAACCAGACCGUCAACUACCUUAGAAGUCAGCUGGGAAAGAUGGUAAACGCCAGCUUCAGUGAGUCUUUCCGUAGCAUCGUGGAGUACUUCCAGGAGUCAGAACAGGCCCUGAGGCAGGCCAACACCUCCGUUCGAGGGCGUCAAAGUCCAGUGGUCCAGGCCAAACAUACCCGGCAGGGCACGGUUGAGCUGUUGAUACAAAGAGGAGAUGCUUUUCGCAAGAGGGCAGCUGCUCGCCAAAGAACUCUGAAUAAUAUCCAACGAAAAGUCGAUGCCCUCAGCCUGAACAGGAUCAACCAGAAAAUCUGUGGGGGUUCUGGAGAAGAGGCCUGUGAAGACGCACCUUGUGGAGGAGCUUCCUGUAAGGACAGUUCAGGCCAAAGGCACUGUGGAGGUCCUGAUUGUACUGGAGCGCUUCCUGUGUCCAUCAAGGCCCUACAUUCUGCCCAGAACCUCUCACAACAGCUGGAGACCACAGCAAGUCAGCUGGUCACUAUGGUUAACAAGGUGCAAGAAGUCCAGAACCUGGCACAGGAUGCCAGGAACCACGCUCAGGACAUCUUGGACCAUGCUCAAGGAGCUCGGAACCAGGUGGAGAAAUCCACAACCAAGCUGAGAGAAUUCAUCCAGAAGAUAAAAGACUUCCUAGCAGAGGAAGGUGCUGAUCCAGAGAGCAUUGAGCUGGUGGCUCAACAGGUCCUGAACAUUCCCCAGCCCAUCAGCCAAAGUGAGAUUGACAGUCUGAUUAAGGAGAUCUGGGACAGAAUCAGCCAGCUUAACAGAGUGGAUGUUAUCCUGAACUGUACAGUGCAAAACCUAACCCUUGCUCGGGAUUUGCUGACGAAAGCAGAACAGGCCAGGGAAAAAGCAGAAGAUGUACAGGAAACGGUGGCAGAAACAUCUGGAGCGCUGGACAGUGCCAAGAACAAAGUGAAGGCAGCCGAGCAAGCCCUGAAAAAGACAAAAGAAGCCAUCCAGAGUGUGGAAGGCAAAGUCAAACAGGCUGUGAGCCAGCUUGAAACACUCCUCAACAAGGAAUUGAGACUGGAAAGGCGUCUUAAAGACUUGGCACAGGAUGUGGCCACCUUACAAAAGAAGUCCCAGGAUAAUCAGCGCCAGGCUCAGCAGGCCACGGGAAAAGCUGAGCGUGCUACUAACAUAGCCCUCCGACUUAAAAAUGAGGUAGACGAGGUGAAGCAGAACUACCAGAAGCUGCAGGACGAAUUGGAGAAACAGCCCAAGGAUGUCCUGCUCAGGCUGAAAAAUCUUAGGGAGGAAGCCCAGAACCUCCUAGAUAAGGCCAACAACAGCAAAAGAAAGUUGGAAGAAUUGGAGAAGCGCUUUGAGGACAACGAGAAAGAAAUGACAAGCAAAACCAGAAAACUGCAGGAGUUGGAGGACACUGCACUGAAAUUACUGCAGUAUAUCCAAGAUAAAGCUACUGCCUAUGCUACCUGCUAAGAUCAAGGUUUCUGUGGACAGCCCUUUGGGUUGGUUUCCUGCCAGCUCCGGACACAACUAUGGUAUGGUGCUUUCUACUGAUGUCAGUAACUGGCUCUUAAAGACAAGACUUUGGCGGUAAAUCCAGAGUCUUACUGUAACCCAGGUCAUUUCAUCCUCAACUGACCGUAGCACUUAAAUCUACCCGGGAUCAGACGUUACUAGGAUGAUUCUAAUGUGAAUGUUUUAUAGAAACAAUAUAUCUAGUUUGUUUUGACCCAGGACUCUGGAAUUUAGGCCAGUUUCUGAAGGUAUCAGAUGGAGAGAUAGAAUAUUCCCCCUGUAGUCGUAGAAUGGGAACCAGUUUGGUGUAGUGGUUAAGGCACUAGGUUAAAAACCAGGAGAUUAUGAGUUUUAGUCUUACCUAAGGCAUGAACCAGCGAGGUGACCUUGGGCCAGUCACUCACUCUCUGCCUUAGAAAGCAGCCACGGGCAAACCAACUUCUGCAAUCUUGCCAAGAAAACAGCAGGGAUUUAUCCAGGCAGUUGCCACCAGUCAACCAUGAUUUGAAGGCACCAAAUUGUUAUCCUGGUUAUGGAAAUACUUCCCCUUUCAAUACCCUCUUCUUAUCAUUCACAAUGUUUAUUUUCAUUAUCAUGUGGAAACAGCCAUUAUUUCUGUAUCAUCCAGGCUGCCAGUAUGAAUGCCAUAAAGGCUGAAUUUAAUUUACUGCCAUUCGAGAUUAUUGACCUUUCCUGACAUCUUUUUUAAUGAUUGGUGUCCUUAUUUUUUUUAAUAAAGUAAUGCACAUAUACACAAAAACAAUAAUUUUCUAAGAGAUGUUCCUAUCCUGGUUCCCACAAUUCCCAUAGUCAUCAAUUAGCAACUAGGUGUUGGUUACAGCAACACCCAUACAAACUCAAAAUUAGGAGAAUUUUCCUAACUGUGACAACCUUUAAGCAGUGAAACCCUUCCUGGAGUCAUGGCAGCGCCAUCACUAAGGGUUUUCAAACAAAGGCUGAACAACCAUUUGUAUGACGUGAUAUACAGUAAAGCAGGGGUCUCCAACCUUGGCAACUUUAAGACUUGUG